CCGGUUGAAAUUUGGCAUCUUUGCCUUUUGUCUCCUGAUAACAUACUCCUUUUUUGUAAUCGUAUACCUCUUCCUCCCUCAAAAAAGAAAAAAAAGGAGGGCUAUAUCUUCACAGUAUUAUUUUUUUAGAAGUGUGAUGAUCACUUGCCCUGUCAUGUUUAUGAUGCUUUUAGUCUGUAGCAGUAUGAACCUUGCCCUCUCCUAACCCCACUUCCUCCUGAUAGAAGUGGCAGAGUGUUUGGAAUUUAAAUUAUACCUCUCCUUGGCACUGGCCAUAAUACUUAACUAGUUUUAAUAGACAAAUAAUAAGCCAAAAUAAUUUUGAUAAAUUUGCUGUUGUGACGCUUUGUGUUUUCUAAUAUGUACAUUUUAUGUACAUUUAUUUUGACAUUUUCAUUCUCUUUAGAUAAGGUUCCCUAAUAGAGGCUGUCCUUCUUUAAAGUUUUUCCUACUCUGGUCCUUUGAAGCUACUCAGCAGGGGGCCAAACCCAUAGUUCAGAUUUGGUAGGUUAAGAAGUUUUUUUGUUUGUUUUGUUUUUUAGAGCAGAUUCUGGAUUAGGACACUAAGAUGAGAAAAGCAAUGUUUAAAACCAAUGAUCUGUGUCUUGGGAGAAGAACAAUAUAAUUAUCAUUUAUAGCAAGGUUUAAGUUUUUUUUUUUUUAAUCCAUACCUUCCAUCUUGGAAUCAAUACUGUGGUAAAAGGCCAGGCAAUGGGGGUUAAGUGACUUGCCCAGGGUCAGACAGCUAAGAAGUGUCUGAGGUCAGAUUUAAACCUAAAACCUCCUGUCUCUAGCCCUGGCUCUCAAUCCACUGAGCCACCCAGUUUCCCCCAUUGCUUAUAAUUUGAAAAUCAUAUACCAUGCUGUAAGAUAAGUACUUGGAGAUCUUAUCAUCCCUAGUUUACAGAUAAGAAAGCUGAAGCUUACAGAGGUUAAAUCAUCUGUCCAUAGUCACAUACCUAGUAUUAUCAGAGGUAAGAUUAUAACCUAGGUCUUCCUGACUUCCAAGUCUAGCCCUGUGAAGAUACUUUGCUAAUGUUAGCACAAAGCCAGGAUUGAGUAUCAUAAACAUAAGCUGUCUACAUCAUUUAUUCAUCAUUUAUUUCUUCCUUUUCUACAGUUCUCUUAAUCUUAAACUGAAUCCAGUCAACUCCCACAAUUAAGUGACUAAAAAAAGUAAUUGUGCUUCAGGGACUUAUAUCUCCAGUCUUAUGGGCGUUCCUUUCCUCCCCCUUUGAAAAAUAUAAACUAUCUCCAAGUAUUUUGUGGGGGGAGAGCACAAGGGGGAGAGAAGAGGGAAGAAGAAUAAGUAGAGAUAUAGGUCUUGAUGAUACUUUCUCAGUGUUCAUCUUUAUGUCUCUGCUGUGUUUGAUACUCUUUUCCUUCGUACUCCAUCUUCUUAGUUUUGUUGACAUCACUAUCUUUUGGUUCUCUUACUACCUGUCUUAACUCACUGUUCCUUCUCAGUCUCCUUUGCUGUGGCCUCCUAAUGUGGUUGUGUACCAAAUCUCCAUCCUGGAUCUUUUUUUCUUAAUACUUUUCUCACUUGGUGAUCAUCAACUUCCAUAGGUUUUAAGCAUUAUAUUUCCACAAAAUCUAAUAAUUUCCCAAAUGUUCUUAUUUAUUUCAAGGGUUACUACCAUUUUUUCAGUGUCCCAUGUCUAAAACAGUAGCAUUGUCCUCAACUCCCCUCUCUCCCUCACCCCACAUAUCUAAUCAAUUGCUAGCUCUUGCUUUUUCUGUCUCUACAGCCAUCUUCCUUUCUGACCUCUUCUCUCUAUUCACAUAACUUUUGUUCAAGCCUUCUUUUCAAUAAUUAUAAUGGCUGUUUUAAUUGGUCUCCUGUCUUUAGUUUCUAUUUUUCUUGUCAUCAGUGUUCUACACUGCUGCCAAAAUGAUUAUAUCUAAAGUAUAGGUUAUGGCAUGUUCCUUCUCCCUGUCAUUGCUGGAGUGCUCUCCCUUCUCAUUUUCAAAAUUAACUUGCCAUACCUAGUUCUUGCCCUGCCUUCUCUCUUUAUAUCAUACAGUUCCUUAAUAGUAUCAUUUAUCCCUGCUCUUUGGAGUUCCUUGUUAUUUUGUGUGAUGCCUCCUAUUCACACUCAUCUUUCACUCUUCCAUUGCUUUCUGUAUGAUACACAUUUUUAUUUCUUUGGAGGUGGUUAAAUUCCAUGUCUUUCUAACUAUAGUUACACAGAAUGCUAAUAUUUUUUUAAUUGGGUGUCCGCUUUCAUGGGGAUCUUGGGGUCAGUAAAAGAAAUUUCCAAUUUCCAGAAAGCAAAUGUAGCCUGCUCUCCUUUUCCUUCUGUUGAACUCUGGACCACACUUGUUCAUCUUUGUCUCUCCCAGAUACAAAUGCUGUUGGAAGUCACUGUAUAUAGUGAUUUUGUACAGUACACAUGAGAAAAUAACUAUAUUAAAAAUGGUUUGCUUACUUCCCUAAAAUCAUGUACUUCAAUUUCAAAAGAAUUAGUAGCAUGGGAAAGUAGAUGAUAGUGAUGUAUUUAAUUUUUUUUUUCAUCUUUAGUCUGAUGGCAAAUGUUAAUUUGUAUCAUUUUACUGGCUGGUUGAAAGAAAGCAAUCAAUGAAUUUUGCAGUAUUACAUUUUCAGUAUUAUUAUCCUAAACAAAUUAAUACUGACUGGUCAGUUGUUUUUGAAAGGUUCAUAAAAGAAGAUAAGAUAGAGCUGGCAUCAGUAUGUAGAUGAACUAUUCUUGUGGGUUCAAUCAAAUAAAGAACUCAAUAUCAUGUCUAGAACUGACCUUCAAAAAAAAGGAGAAACUUAAAUCUGGGGCUUGAAGAAUAGAUGAAUUUGAACUGGUAAAAGUAAUAUUUCCUAUUUCUCUAUACAGUGCACAAAGUAGGUAUGUUCUAGACUUGUUAAAAAAACGAGGGCAAUGGACUGAAAUCUGAAUUAUGGAGUGGAAAUAAUAAAAAUUGCCACCAUUAAUUUUUUAUAGUUAACCUUACACUUUUCAAAGUGCUUAAAUAUUUUGCCUCAUUUAUUAUUAUCCCUAUUUGACCUGACUCUGUUAUCUAACCCCAUUUUCAGUGUAUGAUCAAGAGUGAGAGAUAAUAGAUGAAUAAGCCAGUGUUGGAUUGGUAUCUAGAAAAUAAAAAUAAGAUGGAAACUCAACAUGUAAUGUGUAGUUUUCUAUGGGAAGAUUUAUGAAAGGACACAAGAAAUAAUCACAUAGCAUGAGAAAGCAUAGAUAUUUUUGAGAUUUUCACUGCUGGCUCCAACCAAUCCACAUAGAUAAAGAAUCCAUUGCACUAUUCCUUUUUAGGACCUUUUAUUUAUUAACAUUGUUAAAGUGUUUCCAGUGUAGAUACAUAUGUACAUAUAAGAACUUAAAAGGAUUUGUGAUUGAUGAUUUUGUUGAUGUCUGUUUUCCCCUUACAGAUGUAGAUCUGCUUAUACUUGAAUAGAUUGUUGUCUUGAGUUUUGACUAAACAAUUCUGUGCACAAGUGGCCAUUCUGAUUAUUAGAUGUUAAAUAAUCAAAAGUAAUUAAAUAAAUUAUUAGGAGAGAAUAAUUCAGAUAUCCCUUCUCCCAAAUAUGAAUUUGUGUUAGUCUUUGCCAUAAAUGUAAUCUUAAAUCAACUUUUCAUUUCAGAUCCUCUUUGAACUUAUUUGAUAAAAUGUCCUUGCCAGUUAUAUACAAAGCUUUGUAUGUCAGCCAUUUAAAAUAUGAACUUCUCAUGUGUGAAAAUCACCUAGCAAGCUAACUACUUUUAAUCCCUUUUUUGGUGAAUUCAGGAUAGUAGAAUGCACCAGAAAAAGACUGAAUUUGAGUGGGGUCAUGUGGGUUUGGAAACCACAUCUGCCAUUUUCUGUCAGGCCAUGGGUAAACCAAAUUCUUAAGGUUCAGUUUUCCCAUCAGUAAAAUGAGGAUCAUAAUAUUUGCAUUGCCUAUUACACAAGGUUGCUGAAAGGAACGUACUUUGUGAACUUUAAAAGGCUGUCAUGGGAGUUAUCAUCAUUAUGAUUCUAGAAGCAGUUGAUUUUUCAUUUACAUUCCAACUCAGUUUCUUUAGCAUCAAAAUGUAGAUAAUAAUCUCACAAGGUUGCAGGUCCCAAAUAAAGUAAUAUCUAUGUCGGCACUUUGAAGAGCGUAAGGUGUUAGAGAAAAGUAAAGCGGUGGUUCUUAUUACCAUAUUGGUCUGAAUUUAGGCCAUGCUUUUUCCCCAGAUCUGAUUGUAUUAAGCCUGAGUGCAGCCUUAUAAUUGCGCUCUUAGUACCAUAGGCACAGCUUAAGCCUCGCUGGUCUCCCUAGCAGCAGCAGAAGCAGUAGCAACAGCUUCUCCACCGGCCCGCACACCUGCUGAAGGAGCCUGUGCCAGAUGCCCCUGCUGCUGACACUGCAAGAUUGCAAAAUUGGACUGCAAGGAAGUGCUAGACAUCAUAUGUAAUCUGGAGUCUGAGGGUCAGGAUCACACAGCCUUUAUUCUCUGUACGACUUACCUAACGCAGCAGCUGCAAACUGCAAGUGUGUGUUAUUCUUGGGAGCUGACUCUUUUUUGGAGCAAGUUGCAAAGAAGAAUUGAUCCUUCUUUAGAGAUAUUUUUGGAGCGAUGUCGACAGUUUGGUGUCAUCGCUAAAACACAACAACACCUAUUCUGCCUGAUUAGAGUCGUACAAGCAGAAGCAGAAGAUGCUGGUGUUUCAGUGUCCAUUUUAUUAUGUGUAAGAGCCCUUCAGAUCCAAUCAAAUGAAGAUGAUGAAAUGAAAACAUCAGUGUGUAAGACAAUUGGUUGUCUUUUACCAGAGGACCUUGAAGUUAGAAGAGCUUGUCAGCUUACUGAAUUCUUAUUGGAUCCCAACUGGACUGGAUUUAAUAUGUUAGAAGAACUAUAUCUGCAGCCAGAUCAAAAGUUUGAUGAGGAAAAUGCUCCAGUUCCCAACUCUCUCCGAUGCGAGCUUUUGUUAGCUUUAAAAGCCCAUUGGCCUUUUGAUCCUGAAUUUUGGGACUGGAAAACCUUAAAACGACAUUGUCAUCAACUCCUAGGCCAAGAAGCUUCUGAUUCUGAUGAUGACCUCAGUGGCUAUGAGAUGUCAAUUAAUGAGACAGAUGUUUUAGAGUCUUUUCUCAGUGACUAUGAAGAGAAUAAAGAUGAUAAACAUUCCAAAAGAAGAGACUCAACUGAUCAGCAGAAGGAGAAAAGAGACAAAAAGCCAAUUGGUUCCUCUGAACGGUACCAGAGGUGGCUUCAGUAUAAGUUCUUCUGUGUGCUCUGCAAGAGGGAAUGUAUUGAAGCUAGAAUACUCCAUCAUUCUAAGAUGCACAUGGAAAGUGGAGUUUAUACUUGCCCUGUCUGUAUAAAAAAGUUCAAGAAAAAAGAAUUUUUUGUACCUCAUGUAAUGGAACAUGUGAAAAUGCCAUCGAGCAGAACCAGAAGAAAAUUACUGAUGAAGAGAGAUCGCUCACUCAAGGGUAAUAGCUCCAAGAGGAGUCCUUCUGCAACAUCACAUCAAGAUCAGCUAUGCAACAAGCAAGGAGAUUCUCAUGAGUAUGUCACAUUCAGCAAAUUAGAGGAUUGCCACCUGCAAGAUAGAGAUUUAUACCCUUGUCCUGGGACAGACUGCUCCCGAGUGUUUAAGCAGUUUAAGUACCUAAGUGUGCACCUCAAAGCCGAACACCAAAACAAUGAUGAAAAUGCAAAACAUUAUUUGGACAUGAAGAACCGGAGAGAAAAAUGUUCUUUUUGUCGGCGCCAUUUCAUGACAGCCUUUCAUCUGCGGGAGCAUGAACAAGUUCACUGUGGGCCUCAGCCUUACAUGUGUGUCUCUAUAGACUGCUAUGCAACAUUUGGGUCAGUGAAUGAGCUACUUAACCACAAACAAAAGCAUGAGGAUCUUCGAUACAAAUGUGAAUUAAAUGGCUGCAAUAGUGUUUUCAGUGACCUGGGGCAGCUUUAUCACCAUGAAGCACAACACUUCCGGGAUGCAUCAUAUACAUGCAGCUUUCUUGGUUGCAAAAAGUUUUAUUAUUCUAAAACUGAGUUUCAGGAUCACCUUUCCAUGCAUCAUGACAUUUCAAAUGGAGAUGUUAAAUCAACAGUCAAGUUUGAGUCUGCAGCAAAUGAAAAGAACAGUUGUAGAGAUCUGCCUCACCUCCUUGACCCAACUGAGAAAUCACAUCUACCUGAGGACUUGCUUUUCUCAGUGGAUUCAUCUAGUUCUCAGUUAGCUCCAGACAUUGAGGAAACAGGCUCUGAUAACCUAAAAGAUAACAGUGACAGCAACUCCAGUGAUCAGUUAAGUCACAGCUCGUCUGCCUCAAUGAAUGAAGAACUGAUUGAUACACUGGACUCCCCUGAGUCUAUGUCUGAUAUUUUAAUACCUUCUCAUGAUAAAGUCUUUGUCCCUUCCAGUUUAAAAGAGAAAUGUUCCAAUGUGGCAGUUUGUUUUGAUGGGAAAAAGUUUACCUGUGGUUUCGAAGACUGCGGUUCUACAUACAAAAAUGCUAGAGGAAUGCAGAAGCAUCUCCGAAAGGUUCAUCCAUACCAUUUCAAGCAUAAAAAAACAUUGGGAAUAAAGGAUAAAGAAAUCUUUAAAUUUUUGGACGGUGAACAUGAUCAAACAAACGAGAAGUUUAAUGCUGAGCCUAAACCAGGUUCAGACACAAACAGUGAUUCUCCAGAUGAAGGGCUAGAUCAUAACAUUCACACUAAAUAUAAAAGUGAUCUUCAAAGUUGUCACCAUUCUCCAGAAGCCACUAUUUGUGCUUCCAGAGUACCAUGUACUGAGGAUGCCAUGUUGGAGCUUCUGUUACGCUUGAAACACUUAAGCUUGAAAAACUCAAUAACACACACAUCUUUCUCAGGGUCACUGCCAGUGUAUCCAUCUAAUGGUGCUAAGUCCCUUCAGUCAGUUUCCUCAAGCCCUAUCUCAGAUCUUCACUUUCAGAAUCAAGAAGAAAAUUUGUCAAGUCAGUACCUUGCACAGUUAGCAGCCAAGCCAUUUUUCUGUGAACUUCAAGGCUGCAAAUAUGAGUUUGUGACCAGAGAGGCUUUGUUGAUGCAUUAUGUCAAAAAGCAUAAUUAUUCCAGAGACAAAGUCCUUCAGUUAUCCAUGUUUAAGCAUCGAUACUCCCCAUUCCAGUGUCAUAUUUGCCAAAGGUCAUUUACCAGAAGAACCCACCUUAGAAUUCAUUAUAAAAAUAAACACAAAAUUAGUAAUGAAAAAGUCACUCAUAAAUUAUUUGAUAGUGGAAAAUGUGAUCAUGUAAGUCCAUGUACAGGGGAUAAUGCCAUGGGUAGUUGCUCUGCUUCUACUUUUUGUAGCAGUACAGAACUUGGAGAUGAUCAGACUAAUAACUCUGAGAAGCAAAUCCGACAUCCUAAAAAGGAAGAGUGUAGUUCAGAAACUGAUUUGGAAUCUUCUUGUGAAGAAAUUGAUAGUAAUGUAACAGGAAAAUCAUCCAGCAUUUCAUCACCAAUAGACAGCCACAGGGAAGAAUUAGAAGCAAGAGAGGGAAGAGGGAGUAGACGAACUGUUGCCAAAGGAAAUCUUUGCUAUAUUUUGAACAAGUACCACAAACCAUUCCACUGUAUUCAUAAAAGUUGCAAUUCUUCAUUCACAAAUCUAAAAGGCUUGAUUCGCCAUUACCGAACGGUGCAUCAAUAUAACAGAGAGCAAUUGUGUUUGGAAAAGGACAAAGCACGAACAAAAAGGGAACUGGUCAAAUGUAAAAAGAUAUUUGCUUGCAAAUAUAAAGAGUGUAAUAAGCGCUUCCUAUGCUCCAAAGCACUGGCUAAACACUGUAGUGAUUCCCAUAAUCUAGACUCUGUUGAAGAUCAGAAAGCCCUUUCUGAAAAUGACUCUGCUGCCAGGUUUUCCUGUAGCCAACCACAGUGCCCAGCGGUCUUCUACACUCUUAACAAGUUGAAGCACCAUUUGAUGGAACAACACGGUAUUGAAGGAGAGAUGAACUCGGACUUUGAAAUUCAUUGUGACCUUAAUGGCUGUGAUCGGAUCUUCACACAUCAAAGUAACUACUCUCAACAUGUUUAUUACCGACACAAAGACUAUUAUGAUCACCUCUUUGGAAAUCCAAAAGUGGAUAAUGAGAGUCUCCUGAAAAAUGAAGGUGAGAAAGCUUUUGGAACUACCCGGUCUCACAGUGAAACAAGUCAGAAUAAUAAGAAGGCAUUGAAUGCUAAAACUAAAAGAUGUGGUGGCUUCGUUAAAGAUAAAAAGCUUUUUUUAAAAACAAAGGAGGAAGCCCUGAAUAUGUGUGCAGAGCAGUCUGAACACACUCAGUAUCCCUGCAUGAUUCAAGGCUGCUCAUCUGUUGUCAAAUUGGAAAGUAGUAUAUUAAGACAUUACAAACGUACCCACCAGAUGAGCAGUGCUCAUUUAGAGCAGCAGAUGGAAAUCCUAGUACUUUGUGUUAAGUAUGGUACCAAAAUUAAAGAAGAGCCACCAUCUGAGCUAGAGCCUAGUAUAAAGAAGGAAGAAACCAGAAACUGUGAUCCUGGAAGUACAGCACAUACCCAGUCUGUGGGUGAAAAUGAAGCAUCUCCCCAGAAGGGCAACAGUUCCCCUCAUCCAGAAAAUAAAGGAAAUGGGAGUCAGGAAGGAUGUAUAGAAAGCAAAUCGGGAUUUAAUACAGAUACCUUCCUGUAUAGAGAAACUUCAAAAUAUAACCAUAAUUCAGAAACCACUAACUUGGAAGAGGGUCAUGUCACUGAGCCCUCUCCUUGUAAAAAUGAAAAGUCUGCACCUAAGAACCCUGAUGGGACUGAGAGCAGACCCUAUUUAACAAAUUUCCAGUUGCCUUUACCUCGUAAAAGGGUACCAGAAGCUGGGCACCAGAGCUCCAGACUGGAAAGUAAUGUGGUAAAAACUCCAAUUCACACCCCAAAAGAUACAUUUCGGAAACAUUCACAGGCUAGAUCAUUUGAUUUGAAGACUUAUAAACCCAUGGGGUUUGAAUCUUCAUUUUUAAAAUUCAUUCAGGAAAGUAAGGAAAAAGAGGACGAUGUUGAUGAUUGGGAGCCAGCGGACCACUUAACAGUAAAUGAUCCCCCACAACCCAGUGAUGACUUAGCAGGGAAUGUGACUGUGGAUGGUUUGGUGAAUGAAAGCAGUCCUAAAGUUGAUAUACCUCCUCCUUCCAGUGAUUCUGCAAUUCAUGACAACCUGGUUGCAAUCCAGCCUAUCAUUGAAGCAGAGUCAUCAGCUGUCCCUUCCCUCGAAAAUCUGAGGGUUAUAUUAGAUAAGGCACUAACAGACUGUGGAGAGCUUGCCUUAAAACAGCUUCAUUAUUUGCGGCCGGUGGUCGUCCUUGAAAGAUCUAAAUUUUCCACAUCUCUUUUAGACUUAUUUCCAACAAAAAAAACAGAUGAGCUUUGUGUAGUAGGGAGUUCCUAAGUAGCAAUUUUGGUUUAGAGAACAGACUGGCUCCAGUACUGCAGCAUGGGGACAAUUGCCAACUCGAACAAAGGCUGAGCAGCAGCCAAACCAUUGUUUAGGGUAGGGUAGGCUGUGCAUUUCCAUGAAUGUAUAAUAUCUUUGUCAACAGUAUUGGCAGCAUUCAUUAGCUCCCCAGUUGGUUUGUUUAUUGGUUGGUUUUUUGUUUUGUUUUAUUAAGAAAAUGGAACUGUGCUCUGUUUGGUGCUAAUUAAUACAUCAAAUAUACUGGGGCUUCCUUUUUCAGAUUAAGUGUGCAUGAUUGUAUAUGGAACAGAUACUGAGGCCCCAGGGUGGGAGGGCUGGGGGGAGGGAGGCAGGCAGAGUUCUUACUUGAAUUGAAUGUGCACCUAAGGGUGCUUUGUGUAAUAUAUUGUACACUACAGCAUCUUAUAUUUUUUGAGUUGAGUUUCAAUAAAUUACAAUUUUUCACCCA